AUGUCCAACAAAGAGAGCUCUAGGCGUGUCGAAUUCGUCACCUCACCUUCGUCCCCACCGAUAGCUGAUCUCAGCGAAGUGAAUACAGAUGAGACUGACAAUUAUCAUGGCUUGCACGCAAGAACUGCUCUGGUUUACCUGUCCAUCACCCUCAUCACGGCCGCCCAGAUCUUAAAUCUAGUCGGUUCCGGUGCUUUUGCUUCAAACGUCGCUGCCGUUGUGGGCGGAUCUUCUGAACAAAUCUGGCUUUCCCAAGUGUUGGCUAUCCUCACCUGCGUUAUCAUCAUCGCACGAUCUACGUCAAUGGGAAUGGCGAUCGCCGGAGAAGCCAUAUGCGGCCUUGGAUUUGGCACUCAGCCUCUCCUAUAUACCGUCGCAUCAGAGAUCCUUCCACGGCGUUAUAGGCCCAUAGCCCAAGGUGGCAUGAAUGUGGCAAUCAACAUGGCAGGGGCCUUCGGUCUUCUGGUCGGGUCGGUCAUCAUCAAGGAACACUCUGAAGGAUUCCGAAUCUAUUGGUACCUCAGCGCCGGAUUAAUGGGUGUCUCGGCUCUGGUUUGUUUCCUGCUGUAUAAUCCUUCACCGAGGCCUUUGCAGCUCUCCUUGACGCUGAACGAGAAACUCGAGCGGCUCGACUGGGUAGGAUAUUUCUUGCUUGUCUCGGGGAUAGUCUUGUUUGGCAUGGCUCUAACCUGGUCCGACAACCCUUAUUCUUGGGGGGAUGCUCAUAUCCUUGCGCCUUUCGUUCUGGGACUUGCGUUCCUCCUUGGUCUCGCUAUCCAUAAUGGCUUCUACAAGCGAAAUGGCCUGUUUCAUCACGCUCUUUUCAAGAAAGACCGCAAUUUCGCUCUUGCGAUGUUGGCCAUGUUUGUCGAGGGCAUGAGCUUUUUCGCCGCCAACAAUUUUUUCGCGCUCGAAAUGUCUCUCCUGUUUGAAACUGAUCCGGUGAGAGUCGGCCUUCGUUUCAGCAUCGUCUUCUUUACGGCCAUUCUUAGCGCGAGCUGCGUAGCUACUUAUGCUUCCGCGAAGAAAGACAUCAGAACUCCAACUGUCUUGUCCUUCGUCGCUUUUCUAAUCUUUGACGUUCUCAUGGCUACCGUCGACUUGAGCAGCUCAACCAACGCUUGGGGACACCCAGUCUUUCUUGGUCUUGGGAUAGGUGGCUGUUUAGUUUGCAUAGUCACGGCGGCUCAGCUCGGCUCGCCGCCGGACUAUAUUGCCAUCUCAAGUGGCUUGAUUAUUGCUACACGAUCUCUUGGCGGAUCGAUCACCUUGCCUAUUUACAAUUCUGUAUUCAACUCGCACAUCUCCAAGGACCUACCGCGGGACGUGGCGAAUGCAGUACUUCCGUUGGGCCUUAAACAGGCUGUCCUGCCGGAUUUCAUCGCCGCACUCUCCGCUAAUGACCAAGCUGCACUGAUCUCCAUACUAGGUGUCACGCCGCAGAUAAUUAGUGCAGGAGCCCACGGCUUGAAGACAGCAAUAUGUUUCUUCUCUACGCUACGUGUGGGUAGUAUCUGGUGCAUUUUCAUUGCUGGCCGCAAUUUGUGA